CGCAGCGCCCCGCGCCGGGCGGCCUCCAGCGGGCGGGCGGAUCUGGCGGGCCCAGCUCGGAGGGGCGGGGAUGGUACCGCUCCUCCCGCCGCCGCCGCCUGACGGAGCGGCGGGACCCGGCCAGAAGGGCGGCGGCGGCCCGCGCUGCAGGUUCGGCAUGGCGCUGCGCGCUGACCAGGUGAGCCUCAUCGGGCAGGUGUUCGAGUCCUACCUGCUGCAGCACCACCGGGACGACAUCCUCGGCAUCCUGCGCCAGGGGGACGACGAGGCGCACUACCCGGUCCUCGUUGACGCCCUGACGCUGUUCGAGACCAACAUGGAGAUCGGGGAGUACUUCAAUGCCUUCCCCAGCCAGGUGCUGCCCAUCUUUGACGGUGCGCUGCGCCGGGCAGCCAUGGCGGUGCUGCAGGCCACCACGCCAUCCCCAGGGCUGCGCAUGAAGCCCAACCUCCACGCCAGGAUUUCAGGCUUGCCCGUUUGCCCAGAGCUGACACGAGAGCACAUUCCUAAGACCAGGGAUGUGGGUCACUUCCUAUCUGUCACUGGGACUGUCAUCCGUACCAGUUUGGUGAAAGUGCUGGAAUUUGAGCGGAGCUACAUCUGCAAUAAGUGCAAACACAUUUUUGUGGCUAAGGCUGACUUUGAGCAGUACUAUGCUUUCUGCCGUCCGUCAGCCUGCCUGAAUGAAGAGGGCUGCAACUCAACCAAGUUCACUUGCCUCUCUGGAACAGCCUCUUCCCCUACCAGCUGCAGAGACUAUCAAGAGAUCAAAAUUCAGGAACAGGUUCAAAGACUGUCUGUCGGAAGCAUCCCUCGUUGCAUGGUGGUGGUUCUGGAAGAUGACUUAGUGGACAGUUGCAAGUCUGGAGAUGACAUCACAGUGUAUGGAGUGGUAAUGCAGAGAUGGAAACCUUUCCAUCAGGAUGCGCGCUGUGACUUGGAGCUUGUUUUGAAAGCUAACUACAUUAAAGUAAAUAACGAGCAGCUAGCAGGUGUUACAAUUGAUGAAGAAGUCUGCAAGGAAUUUGAAGACUUCUGGGAAAAGCACAGGAAUAAUCCCUUAGCAGGGAGGAAUGAAAUUUUGGCUAGCUUAUGUCCUCAAGUGUUUGGAUUGUACCUGGUGAAAUUGGCUGUAGCCAUGGUACUUGCUGGUGGUGUGCAGAGGAUUGAUGCUACUGGAACUCGAAUCAGAGGUGAAUCACAUCUUCUGUUAGUUGGAGACCCAGGAACGGGGAAAUCUCAGUUUCUCAAGUAUGCAGUAAAGAUUACACCACGGUCUGUGCUUACUGCAGGAAUUGGAUCUACAAGUGCAGGUCAGCCAUGACAGCUAUGUUCAAAGACAUUUCCCUGAAAACCAAAAUGGCAGUUUACAAGCUUACAGUGAUACGCAUGCCAUGGAAUCAACUGAAAUUAUGCAUGGAGAUAAAUAGAAUUUCAUCUUGUGAAAGGAUCGUUUGGGGUCUUUAGAUCAUGUACAUUUCACUGUUCUUUAUAUUUUAAAAAAGCACUCUAGCUCCUUCACUUUCUUUAAAUCUUACUGCAGGUGUGUCAAAUUUCCACCUUGAAAUUCUUAAGAACCCUUAUCAUAAGUGAAACUUGAGUACCUCACCAGAAACCCUAACCACAGUUGAACUGUAGAGAACAUUUUCAUCAUUUGAACUGCUGGACUAAAGCAUUAAUUUCUAUCCCAAGAGUUUGGUUGCAGCUUGAAUUAUUUUCUUUGCAGCUUGAAUUAUUUUCUUUGCAGCUUGAAUUAUUUUCUUUGUCAUCCUUCUUCAAGGUGUGUCUUAUUAAUGGAUAUUUUCUGAGCUGUACCUAAUGUUGAUUUUGUCAACAUGCUGUUCAUGCAUCAGCUCCAAACGAUGAGUUUUGAGUACAAUAAAAUCAUUUUAAAUUUCUUGUCAUAACUGCACUCUUCAAAUUACCAAUUUCUUCUUUCUCAUUAGAGGAGGCUCCUAAUGGAUAUUUUUUCCUCCAUAGUAAAAAGACUAAAUCUGUAAGUUCCACUUCCUCCUAGUUCCUUGCAUUAUAUAAAGAUAGUCUGGACUGCAGUUUAGUUACUGACUAUAUGAUUACUGUCCACAUAUGCCAAGGGACACACUCAUGAAUUGGUAACAUCCUGGAUAAGGUAAAAGUUGUCUUACAUUUUGAUUCCUUUUUCAGAGAAAUCUGCCAGUAACUCACCAAACUGUGAUAAGAUCUUUUACAUUAACGUAUCUUGUAUCUGUUGCCCAUCUGGUAACUGUUUGGGGACACUGGAAUUCUUCUUCCAAAACUGUCUAUUGUAUCAAUUUUCCAUUUUUCCAUACAAGCAUUUAUUGGUGUCUGGACACGGUACUAGAUAAUUAAUGCUUUUGCUGCAUCAGAACUCCUUUUUUUUCCUGCUCUACCUUAGGAAACAUUUCCUUUUAGAUCAGUUAUGAUCCUUUGGGGCCCUGCAGUGUCAUCUGCCUGCUGCAAAUCUGUUGACCUAUCUAGACCUAACUAUAAUUAACUUGCAUAAUGGCUGAAAAAGCAAUCCAACUCUGUAGCUUCAUUUGCUCUCAAGUCCCCCACUCUUUCAAACAGGUUUCUGCUUCUCCCAAGGCUUUUUAAACAAAGUCUGUGCUUCAUCAGAUAUAUUUUGUUGAUUCAGAAAGUAUGAUCCAGGCUAACACCCUGUUUUAUUAUUUUUUUAAUUGAAUCAAUGUUGAAGAUUUGUGUCUUCAUCUCACUGAGAGGCUGAAGUUGACAGCUUGCUGCAAAUAGCUUUUCCAAAGGACAAGUAAUCUAUUCUAUUUGUGGGUGAAAACAGGACCUUACUUCCAGUCUCUAGAUAGCAUGCUGAGUUUACUUGUUUUAUUAGGUUGCUUUACCUGCUAACAUGUAGCAGAGGUUUUCUGUUGAUAAUUCUCUCCAAGCUUAUGACUUCUAUGAGGAACCAAGCUUUAUUCCUUUGUCAUCUCUUCCAUUAAAUUUGUCAGCCACAAGGUCAACCCACAUGCAGCAACUCAAUGGCAAAAAUUUCCUUGGAGAGUAGAGGACUUUCUGAUUUGUAAGCAAAAGAUGGGAAUCACCUAUCUCACAUUUUCUGUCUACAUAGUGUUCUUAUUUUGUGAAGGCCUGGCUCAUUCUUUCUGCUUCCCAUCUGAGAAUGACAGUCAUUUAUAUGCCCUUAAUUUUUCAAUAUUGAUACACAGUUUUCCAGAAGGAAACUUACUGAAGUUUUACAAAAUCUGUGUGUUUCCACCUUACUACUGAGUUUAACAGUUUUUCAGUCCUCAUAGCUGUAGUGUUGCUUGUACAUAUUUGGAUGAGAUAAUCACUAAUAAGAAAAUACUUCCUUUUCCCCUGGAGCCUGAGAUUUGCAGCAAUCGUUUGAGUGGUGUGUUUGACUCCAUAGGGAUUGCAGCCCACACGUGCCUGCUGCUGGUGGCUCUGGAGCUCAUGGGCAUUCAGGCCACAGUCAUCCUGACAUUUCCUGGUGCAUACUUGGCUGUUGAAAUUUCUGGAGAGUUUUGUUCAUUCCACAAAUGGACUGCAUGAAGAAUUUUGUAAACUGUGUUCAGAACAGCUUGUCUAAAAUGUGGGAGACUAUCAGCUGUUUCUCCUACUUUCCAGUUCUGUACAAUCUGCCCUCCUGAGCUGUAUGAAAUGCAGCCUUCUGGCCUCUCCUCUUACAGCCUCUACAGAGCCCCCUCAGAGUACUGCCUUUUGUUGACAUUUUGCAAAGUCUGUCAUUGUUCAUAUUGAUGCUGACAGCAUUUUGUUACUCUAUGCUCCUUCAGCGCUCCUCAUUGAAGGUAACAAACUCAAGGGUAAACAACCACUUUUCUUUCUCAUAGUAAGCCUUUCCCUGCUACAUGGUCUUCAGAUGCUAACCAUUGUCUCUUUUCUCAUCCAGUAGAAACCACUUCCAAGUGCUUGAUGUGAGUUACAGUUAUGAAUAGAGUACAUGUUGUCAGUACCCUGAGAUACACAAGGCACUGAAACUGGAGACAUUUUUCCCAAUCUGUAGAUCUCCAAACUGUUUCUGGGCUCUCACUAGUUGAUACAGGCCAAGGCAGUGAUAGGGAACGUGCUAGCUAACAAUUUACCUCUGGGGAGAAUAGCAUGGCAGUGCUUGGAUCCAUACUAUGGCCCUGUUUGGGUUAUUGAGAUGUAGCCUGUAGGUUAGUCUUUUUACAUCUUUACUCUUACCAGAGGAUUGUUAUUUUCCGGAAUAUUCAAAAUUGUACAUGAACUUGUAUUUUCUGUCAGCAUGUACCUUGAAAAUAUUUUUCUUAUAGUAUGACUUCACUGGCUGUUCCCUAAGCAGUUAAGCCUCAAGUCGAGGAGGCCUUAACUUUCUAGGAAGUCUGCUAAAGUUCUUUAAGGAAUGAAUUUUGAAGUUGUGAUCAAAGCUCCUGGGAGAAAUACAAUAUCUCUCCAGCAAUAUCUCUUGGAGAUCUGCAAAUUCCUUUGAUUUCCUUUCAGUGAUGCUGUUCCACAAUGGCCUUGUCCUGAGACAGUGCUUGUUGUUGCUACCUGCAUGUAACAGAUUACUGAGCAAAGUCUGGCUGUCUGUCUUCCAAAAUUUCAGUCUGUUCACACCUGUAUCUGAAGACUUCUAGACAGGAGAGACAAGAAAUACUGCAGGUAGAAUGUCUUUAUCAACAGUGUUGGCCAGAGGUCACAAUCUUGGCAGAAUACAUUGAGGCAGGCCUUCAUGAGAGGUUUUCCUCCUGCUAUUGAAGUGUCAGGCAUUUCAUUUGGUUGAUUUCUGCUACAUAACUUUAGGAUUCCCUUUGCUGUACCAUUAAGCCUUCUGCUUCUUCCCACUCUGUACCAGUGCUGGUCUGCCAUACCUUCCUAGUGAGAUAGGACAAGCUAGAGGACCCCUUUUGUGGAAAGGUAGGCCUCAUUAUCAUCUUAAGGUCUAACGGAGUUUGGGAGGGAAACACAUAAACUCCUCCCAUUUCAGCCAGUUCUUAUCAUUGCUGUUAACACUUAGCUGUUGUCUCCUAAUCUGGCAUUGCUGUUCUGCAGCACAAACUCCUUCCUCUGGUUGUCUGCUGGAGGCCAGUCACAUCCCCAGUACCAUGAACAAUGACUGCCCACCAUGCCUCCAAGCCAGCAUUACCAAAAGUCAAAAAUGCUGAAGCAUGUCCUCCCUCCACCCCACCUCACUCUUUGCUUCCGAGGAGCCUUUAUAUUCUAGAUGCAAACCCUGUUUAACGUGAACGUAGCUUCCAUAGUGACUCCAGCUGGUUCCUCCCUCUUAGAAAUUCUUCUUUGCUAAGACUAAAAAUCAAGCAAAAAUACCUCCACCUGUCUUCUGCAGCCCAUGUCUAAUCUCAAACAUUUUAAGACCAGCUCUUAAGCAGCAAAAUUUUAACUGGGAACAUAAAUACAAAUGAGAAGGCCUAGCAUGAGCAGUCCCCCAUACACUGUCUGCCAUUAUAGGUAGUUGUCAGUUUUGUUUUGUCUUCCCUGUUGACCCUGAGCCCAAACUUCUUUUGUGGCUCUCAAAAGAAUAACAGAAUCUGGCCCACAAAACUUGCAGACCACUGGCUUGCAGGCCAUUUGUUAUAGAUGAGUAGCAGGGUAGUUCAGGAAGUGAAAGAUCUCCUGCAGUUGCCCAUGCAGAAGUCACAAGAUUUAGUAACUCUGCUCUUUUUCUGUCUCUUGUCAAUGAGGAUUUGCAUGGAGUGUGCAUGCGUAAAGUUUUCUUCCUUUUUCUUCCCUACCACCAAUUUUGGAUGGCAGUGAGCAAUCUUUGUAUAGAUGCAACUGGGCUAGCCUUCAGUCAGCCAACUUCAGGAAAAUGAGCAGUUGAGGCCCUCCAAAGAAAAAUAAUGGAUUGUCACAUCGUCAGCUUCGUCUCUGACAUCAUCAUCACAUUUCAGGAGCACAAACUGCAUGGCAGGCUGUAAACUAAGUGACCAUAGUUACUGUAGCUACAUUCUGAGCCCUGAAGAUGGGAAGACAGAGUAGUAUUCUUAGUGCUGUUUUGCAGAGCUGCUGGGGAGGUUACAUUUCACCAGUCUCUCUUAUGAUGGAGCUAGAGUAAUUUGCCCCCUUCAAACUCUGAAUGUCAUAGUAAUUCAGAUUGGAAUAAUGCAUUAAUCACAAUGACUGUAAGAUGAAGGGAUGUUUUUUUUCAAGCUAUACAUAGAAAAACCUCAUUUUUCAUCAGUAAUAGGGCAUUGUGUGAUCCAUCUGUUUCUUUGUAUAUGAAAAGUCUCUGAUGAUAUUAUGACAAUCUUGUAAUGGAACUGGGUCUGUCUAUCUAGCUGAGGUACAAGUACAGUGCAUCGCUAGUCCUGUCAAUAGAAUCUGUAGCAUUCUCUUGCACGUUGAUGGUUUAUGCAAAUUGAAGUUUGUUGGUAAGUAAAUGAACUUCUUUUCAGCAUUGAAAUUGUAAUGUUCUGCUGCCCGUGCUACAUGUCUGUUUAGUAAGCAGCCCUGCUGUCCUGAAAAAUUCAGAGAUAAGAGACAAGUCUUCAUAGAGGUGCCAUAUAUUCACUGUAUCUUUUAAUACCACUAAGUUUGUGCUUUGAUGUCACCUAAUCAUUAGCCCUAAAGCAUCUGGAAUACUCAAAUUCCUUAUCUCUGGAAUAUGGUUUUGCUACGAAAUGUGGCAAAUACAGGAAACAAUUUGUACGGACUGCUAAGAUAGGGACAGGCUUGAAGAAGACCCGAGAGCCCUCCUAUCUUUUAGAAAGCAUAGAAAGACCGUUCCUCUCACAAAAAUUGUGAGGUGCUCUCAGAGUGGCUAUGGUGGUUUGUUUUACAGUUGUCACCAAGCACAGCAUGGCAAUUCUUGUUUCCGUAGUUGAUGGGUCAGCUAUAUGUAGUGUUUGUAUCGCUAAGGUGCUGCUGUAUUCUGUUGUAGCAUCGUGCCCUCUGGUCUAGUUUGAAGUUUAUUGCACCCAAGUUCACGAGUACAGUUGACCUUUUUUUCUUCUAAACAGUGUAUCUUCACUUUCUGAACUGGCUUAUUACCAGGUGAUAACUGGCAAUUAGCAGAGUGAUUGAUGCAGUUUUGCUCACCAUGGCAGUAACAGUUUGUUUCUCUCUCUCUUAGCACGUGCUUCUAAAAAGCCUUUGUGCUACUGGUGGAUGGCUCCUGGUUAUAGCGUGUACCUGAUCAUACUUUCAAUCACUAGCAGGAACAAAGUUUGAAAUACUAUUAUAAUACCUUUAGCUCAAGUCAGACAUCAUUAGCCUACCAGCCUUUCAGCAGAUGGCUAUGUUAAAUGUUUACGGUUAAGAGACAUAUUGACUUUUGCAAUAACACAUUAGAAUUUGGGUUCCAAAAAUUAUCAGCUUUCAGUACAAUUUGGUCAUUCAGCUACCAUACAUUUUGCUGAGUUGCGAUGCAAGAAAGAAACGUACACAUUAUAUUCACAUCAGGUCUUUCCUUUGCAAUUUGAAAAUAUAUAUUAUAAUUAAAGACAAUUGCACUAAUGAUGUGAAAAAGAAAUGCUAACUGACUGGGACAUCUUCAUCCCUAUUAGAGAAUGCAGAAAAAGAGAAAGCAUUCUAUUUUUAUUCAGAUCUAUUCUGUCAAGUCAUCGUGAAAUUUAUCUGUUUUAAGGGCCUGGAACCUACAGGGGUUCACAGUUUGUGUGCUUACUAGUAACCAGCAGAACAAUAUUUCUGUAAUCUGACAUGACAGAUUACAAUUUUAAAUGCAUAUAUAGUCACAGUAAACCUAUAAGACUGACAAGGAUUGGAACGAAUAACUAAAUUGUUAGUGUCAUAACAAUGUCUUAAGUUUUUACAAUUCACUGCCUCAUUCCUUUUGAUCUUCAAGGGUGCCUCAGGUAAUAGGGAACAUUUCACUCUAAGAGCUUCAGGAUAGGCAGUGUAUUCUUGAGUGUGUAGUGCCUGCUACAGAAGGGUUUGAAUCUUUAUGCCAGUACAUUGUUGCCUUAAAGGGUAACAAAAAACUGAAAUAUUUUAAAUUCCAGAUGUUUCAAAAAACUGAAAGAAAACAUCUCAACUCCUUACUACAAAUUAAAAACACAACAAGAACAAGCAUAAUUGAAAAAUCAAUGUAUGAAGCAGCAACUGCGCAUAAUGAUCUUGCAGAAGAGCAGUUUUUUGGGGGUGCUCAUGCUAUUCCUUUUGACAUUUAAAUUGUCUAAUAAUUGCUUGAAUCUUUUCAACCAACUAUGUAUACCAUUCAGUGUCUGCAAAAGGGUUUUUUCAUGAAAUACCCACCUAAAUCCAUAUGAAAUGUUGUCGUCAAAAAAAACCCCACUGUUUAACUAGCAACAGGAGAUUAAGAAAAAAGAAGUCUUAAAACUGAAGAUAGCAGAUGGUAAAUCUCAAAUUGCAUGCUUUAAGUAACAAGUAUGUGCCUUGAAAUGAAAAGAAGCUUGCACCUAAAAUUAAACUGUGCUGUCCACUUCCACAGAAAGUGGACACAGACAGGGGCUUUUUUUUUUUUUUAAGAAGCAAACACUUGUCUUUCCUCUUCCUCUAAGAACAGCUUUGCUCUUCAGGUAUUAUGAAAGGGCACUUCAUAUUUAGUGAUCUGGAUAUCAGA